GAACGCGCUAACUUCAAAUGGAGUAGAAUCAAGCAUCAACUUCGUUGGAACAAUUUUUUAAAUAAAGGAGACAUUCUAGACAAUAUGCAGCAUCUCGAUCUAGAUAGAAGAAGCUCAGGGAAAAUAUGGCAUCGAAAACCUAAUCCAUCAAGUGACAAUGGGUUGAUGGUUCAGAUUGGCAAGGAAUCUUCUGCAGCACUCAAGUUUCAAGGUCAUGCCAUCCGUUUCUUGCAGGCUGGGUUUGAUGCUAGUGGAGAUAGGUUCAUAGCUGGAGAUCAUCAAGGAAAUGUAUAUGUCUUUGAUCUCCAUAGAAACAGAUUCCAACUGGUACAAAAGUUAGGAGUUUCAUGUACUGCUAUAGCCUUCACGCUGAGACGUAAAACAGAGUAUUUAGUUGCACUCUCAGACUGCUCGCUGAAAUGUUACGACACAGAUACAAAAGAGAUGAUAGCAUGUAUGAAGGGUCAUCAGACUCCUGUCCACUCUCUGUCCGUCCAUGCCUCUGGCCGCUAUGCCUUGACAACUUCCAAUGAUACAGCUCUUCUGUGGGAUCUUGACACGUUCACCAGGAAACGCAAACUCAAUGUCAAAGAUGAUGUCAACAUUGUCAAAGUGUUUUUCCUCCCAAUGAGUAACACCAUAAUGACCUGUUUCCGUGACGAUACAAUGUUUGCUUGGGAGUCGGACACAUUGCAGUGUAAAUACCAGCUUCCUAUCCCUCCUGGUGAUAGACCACAUUACAAAGCAUUUGCUACCCCAAGAGAUGGAAGGUUGCUUGUAGCUGGUGGAAAAUGCCAGUUUCUUCAUAUUUGGGCAUUGGAUACCAGAUCACUUCUGAGAGUUAUUGAGAUGCCUUCUAAAGUAAGAGCUGUCAAACAGAUUCAUUUCCUUCCAGAGAGCUUCGAUGGAGGUGCAAGUCAGAUGGUUGGUGUGUUAAGUCAAGAUGGUCUGGUGUGUAUCGUACACAUCCACAGCUGUAAGCUACUCUGUGAUCUAGGUAGCCUGGACGACCGAGUGAUCCACUUCACGGUCAGUCCAUCUGGACGUAACAUCGUGGCCAUCAUGGAGAGUGGACGUAUGAAUAUCUACAGUAUACCUGCACUCCUGGCUGAUUUCAAUAAGCCACCUCCACCACUUGUGAAGGCCACAGCAGAUCACAAUCGCAGCAGCGAAACCUCUCGUAGACAAAGAUCAACCUUACGAUCGAUGGCGCCUAGUUUUCUUGGAUCUCAGUCAGUGAUUGGUUCCGAAGUUGAUAAGAAGUCGAGAGCAGAUGCCAGGACAGGAAAGACAGUAGGUGGGACUAUUAGAGUUGAGAUGGAUGAAGAUGAUAAUGAGAUUUCAUCUUUACCGGAUGGGUUAAGUAUGAACAGAUUGGCAGCCAUCUUGAAAGGAUACGGUGAAUACCCUGCCAAGUACAGGAUGUUUAUCUGGCGAUCAAUGCUAAGACUUCCUGAGAAUCAUGUAGCAUUCAGUACCCUGGUGGACAAAGGAAGCCAUCUAGCCUGGGCUAAGGUUCAUGAGAAUUACCCGAUCAAGAGCAGGAAACUACUACGAGUGCUUCAGAGAACCCUGUCAGCUCUUGCUCACUGGUCAGCGUUGUUUGGUGAGAUGGACUAUCUUCCUCUCCUAUCCUUUCCAUUCAUCAAACUCUUCCAGAACAAUCAGCUUGUCUGCUUUGAAGUCAUCGCAACCAUCCUUGUGAACUGGUGUCAGCAUUGGUUUGAGUACUUCCCCAAUCCACCCAUCAACAUUCUAGGGAUGGUAGAGAAUGUCUUGGCCUACCAUGAUAGGAAGCUAUUAGAACACUUUGUCUCAUAUGAUGUCACAUCACAGUUGUAUGCCUGGCCAAUUAUGCAGACACUCUUCUCUGAGGUAGUAACCAAAGAAGAAUGGUUAAAACUGUUUGAUCAUGUCUUCACCAACCAUCCAUCAUUCCUACUCAUCCUGGUUGUAGCUUAUCUGAUUGGAUCUAGGGGAGCCUUGAUGGCGUGUACCAAUAAGGAUGACUUCAAGUACUUCUUUCAUCACCGCAAUGCGAUUGACAUCAACUCGGUGAUAGGUGAGGCAUAUCGUAUCCAGGAAGGCACUCCCGAUGACAUCAAUCCAGAGAAGCUUCUUGAUGAUCUCAAACCACUCACCAAAGGACAGUAUCCAGUCUUCAACAAGUAUCCCAAGUUCAUUGUAGACUAUCAGGCCCAGGAGAGGGAGAGGAUCCGCGAAGAUGAGCUGGAGUAUCUCCACCAGAGGGAGGCAGCAGCAGAGCUCCAUGCGGAGCUAACCAGGAGACGGGCAGAGGAGGAGGCCUGGUACAGACAGCAGGAGCUACUCAAAGAGGCUGAAGAGCAGAGAAGAGUGCUCAUUGCAGAGGAGGAACAGAAGCUGGUGGAUCAAAGGAUCAGACUUCAAGCAAUGAAGCGUGAGCUACAGAUGAAGGAACUUCAGUUAUUAGAUGGGGCUCAAAGGAAGUUUGUUCAUCAUCAACAGAACCAGCAAGAAACGCAACUUAGGAGACUUGAUGAUGAGAUAGCAAGGAAGAGUAUUUUGAGAGAGCAAGAGACAAAGGCAGCCAUGGAUGAUAUCGAGAUUCGAAGAAUGGACCUUGAAGCGCAGAAGAGAAAGCUUGAACAGGAGCUUGCAAAGACGGCAUCAUCAUCCACGUACCAGCAACGAGCGGAGGCUGAGAUGAGGAGAAAGAGAGAAGAGUUGGCAGAGAGAAGACAGGCUAGGCAGGACGAGAGUCAGAGAGAUCUGUUACAUGGACGGAGAAAGGUGGUACAGGCUGACGUAGCUCGAGCCAAUCUGAAUCUAGCCGAGACGUCUAUGAGAAGAGAUGAAGAGGUCCGCAGGAGACUGGAUGACUUGGAAAAGGAACUCAGAAAUGCAGAGCUGUCAAGAUUGAAUGAUGAGAAUCAAGAGAUAGAAGAAGAGGUCCAAACUGUUUUACACAGACUAGCUGAUGCAAAGCGUGACCAUGCCAAUCGCCUCCAACAGGAGUAUGAUCAACUGAAAUCAAAGUCCCAAUCUGGCCAUCCAUCAAUGCAAGAUGAUAGGAGAGAGAUUGAGCUAAGAGAUGGGAGGCCUAUCCUCAAUGAUGUUAGUACAUCUACAGAAGGAAGUGUUCCCAUAUCUCUUGAUCGAGGAAGACAGACAUUUGAAGAGAGAGAACGUAGAUUACUUCACGAGGUUCGAGAGCUGAGGCGGAAGGUAGCUGCCGAAGCUAUCAGAAAGGAACCACCCCCAAGAUACGGACAGGAAGAUGGCUGAUGAAAGGGACUCUUAAAAUCUGUAUGUAGUUCAUAAGGGAAGGUUUUACUACCUGUUUAGAGUGGAUGAAAUGGAGUUUUAGGCCAGUUUUCUCAAAAGUGGUUUCAAUUGUACCAUAGUAUAAAACCGUGGUUAAUGCAGAUUCCUUGUAUUAUCGUGCUUCCCUUUUGGCACUCUUUGCCAAAAGUAUGUAUUUAAUUGGAUUUUUAGUAUGCGCGGUAAAAUAGCGGAGUUCUGUUUAAAAAUUUGCAUGAACUAUGGUCUUGUACUAUAGCGAAAUUAAAAUCUAUUUCAUGAAUACGGGCCUUAGAAUCUGGAUGCAUUUUAUGAAUGAAGGUAUUAGUUGAUCUUUCUCAGAAAAAUGUUGCAUUUCACUCAUACCUUGAAAAUAGGCUCAGUUCUGCAAACAUUUUUUGGCACCUCUGCAACUAUCAAGAUGACAAUAGUUCUGUUUCUGUUAUAUUUAAGGCUCUGGAUAGCUGAAGAGCAUCGACUGUUGAACAAUUCCUUUUUGUUGAAUUGUCCCAUUCUUCUUUUGUCAUAUCAACUCACAAUUUUGCAUAGUGACAUUUUGUUGAGUGCAAAUGCAGAAUGUAUCUUGUCUGUGUACAUUCUUACAUGGGUGUGAGGCUUGGGUCAAAAGGUAGAAUUGUGAUUUUCAUGAAUUGUGACUUUGUGUACGAAUCACCCAACUACCCGUUAGUGAUGGGUCACAGCUGAAGCAUAUAAUUUCAUCCCUGUUAUCUAUUACCAAUGCAAAUUAAGAACACAUGAAUUUCUGUUCUCUAUGUAUUCAUGAGGAUUCUACAUGAACAGAGAUUUACAUGGACACAUGCCGUUAUACUGUCUCUUAACCUUUACUCCCACUCUUGCAACUCUUUCCGAUAUCAAAAGUUCUUUCAGGCUAACAUUGUAUCUUGUGUAGUGGUAGUUUGGUGUUCAAUGACAUUAUGGGCUUGUGGCAAUUCCCCUCACAAAUAUCCAAAUCAAAAAUAGAUCUAUGAAGAGCAUAUAUCAAAAAAUCUGUAAAUGAACAAAACAUUUGUUGGUUCCUAAAAUACAUAUUGUGUAUGUAUUACUUUUCCAACUUGGAGAAAAACUUAUCACUGGCUAUUAAAUUAUGGAUUAUAAAAUAGAUUUUUCAAGUAUUGGCUAUCUCUCUUCUAAGAAUUUCCAUUGGUCAUUUCCAAUAAAUCACUUGUAUGUUAACACCAUUUUGUAGUGUCAUCAUUUACAAAAUUAGAUUUGUGAAGAAUUUAUAUAAAGGUAAAGGAAAAUUGCAUUACAAUCUUAAGGUAUAGCCAUGCAGAAAAACAAUUUGUUUGAAUUAUUUGUGUGAUCACCUAUAUGUUAUGGCAAAAUGGUACAAACUAAUUGUAUUAC